AUGGAUAAAUCAUAUGCUGGUGAUUCAUUUGCUGGUGAUUCAUUUGCUGGUGACUCAUACGCUGGUGACUCAUACGCUGGUGACUCAUACGCUGGUGACUCAUAUGCUGAUGAUUCAUACAGAGGUAGAUCAGACAGAGAUAGACCAUACGAUGACGAAUCAUACCAAGAUAGGUCGUCCCGAGAUAGGUCAUCCCGAGAUAGGUCAUCCAGAGACAGAUCAUCCAGAGACAGAUCCACCCGAGAUAGGUCAUCCCGAGACAGAUCAUCCAGAGGUAGAUCAUCCCGAGAUGGAUCGUACAAUAAUGAUUCAUAUUAUUAUGAAGACGAAGAUCCAAGGCAACAUAAUAGAGAAUAUAACCUGCAGUAUUAUUCAACAGGAAAUAAUUAUUAUUAA